UACCUUAAGGGGGGCAGUAGUUUAUUUAUAAAGGUAUCAAGUUCAACAAGUAGUGAUUCAUGGAUUUUUAAUGUCUUCUAUUACGUUAAUAGGAGUUAUAAUAUCUGUUAACAAUAUUUUUUGGUAGUAAGAAGGGCUAGAAUUUGUUGUUAAAAUCAAUUGCAAGUGACGAUAAAAAAGCUUCGAGGCUUCUCCAGCGAUAUAAACCUAAGCAUUAGGCCACAACCCGCCUGUUUGGGCGCCUACCAUCCAAGAGCCGUUCGUGCUACGACGCGUAGACCUUAUACAACUUUACUUUAUCCCUCCCCAUAAUGGUUAACAGUGUUUAGAGGUUUCUAAUUUCUUAAUGUUUAAUAGCUAAAUUCACCUUACCGCAAAAAUUUCGUCCUGGAUACAAUCUAACACGCAGAGGGUUAUUUAAGGGCUGAGGUAGAGGGCGCGCGUGCGUUGUAUAAACACGGCGGUACCUUCACUCCUUCUUCGGCUUGCUAAAUACUCGAUAAUUAAAUGAAGCCUUUAAGCGGAUUUCCUAUUUACGUGGGAAACGUUGAACUUACUGAGAAUGUUUUGUUGUCCUUGCAGGCUGAUCUGCGUUCAGUUUGCGCUGAGGCCAAGAAAAAGUUUCCUUUAGUGAAGGAGGCGGCCGAGAAGGCUAUAUUGCAACUUCGAUCUUUAUCUGACUCACCCCAGACCAACUAUCAAGCUGUUGUUGCUGAUCUUACUGAAGUUCCGGCCGCUUUAAUUCUUGCUUGUCAAACUAACAACCCGAAUCUGAUUAAAAUUUCUCUGGCUUGUUUAAAUAAACUCAUAUCUUUUAAUGCCAUCUCCAAAGAGGGAAUAUCGACCACUGUCGAUCUCUUGUUCACACUUUUGGACUCCCAUCUUGAGCUGAUCAGAGUUUGUCAGAUUGUUAAUACGCUUCUCACUGGUUCUUAUUUAGUUAAAGGAAAGAUUCUUGCAGGACUUUGUUCAGUUUGUUUUAAGCUGUAUAUGAGCAACGACGUAGUGAUCAGCAACACCGCCGCUGCGUCUUUACGGCAGUUCCUCACCAUCUCGUUAGAACGAGCCGAUAAGGAAAUCGCUGACUCCGAAUUUGUGAAUAGCAACGAGUUUCCCCUCUCCUCUUACUGCAGCGACAUUCUACUGUUUUUGAAGGACCUCUGCCAUAUUAUUCGCGGGGAAGAACUCCAGUUUGUUGAACAUGCGCCAGUGAUAUCUGCCCACUUCUCAUUGGAGCUUAUUGAAACCGCGUUGGCCUCUUACGAAGUUCAUAUACUGAAAACUCCUUCAUUUGAGCAUUUUAUCAAGACUUCAGUGUGUCCAAUGAUCAUCAGCGAUCUAUUCCAUCCCUCAGAAAGUACUAACGCGAAUUCCAAUGGAAAAAUCACUUUUCCCCUUUUUGUUCGUCUUUUGAGGAUUAUGAAAGUCUUGAUGGAAAACUUUUUCGAUAUUCUGCCAACUGAAUGCGAGGUCUUUUUUACUAUACUCGUUAAAUAUCUCGACGAGGAUCAACCGUUAUGGAAAAGAGCCGUAACUGCUGAGGUGCUCAACAAUUUGUGCGGCAGCGCCACCACCCUGAGAGCUCUCUGCCAACUCUCAGCGGCUGAUAUUAUAGUGAACAGUUUUAUUGCAAAGUUGGCCGAAAUUAUCUGUAGCGUUUCCUAUUCCGAUUCCACCAAUCAACUCUCUGAUGAGUUAAGCUAUCGUAAGCAAGCACUACUGGACUUGCUCGAUAAACUCGGCCCUUCUUCGGCACCGCCGGAUUAUUUUUACUCCCUGUGCGUCUCGUGCAUGUUAAAUAUUUUUCAAACCGCGGACGUCAUCACCAGAGACGAACUGAAGGGCCGAUUGUUGGGCAGUCCGACGAGCAUACAUACCGAUUCCGAUAAAAGCGAUCCGUCUUUCUCUAUAGGAAAGUACAUCAUCAAACUUUCCUGGAGUUUAUUUUUAAAACCAUUGGUAGCAGUCGCAGAGGAAACUUCGCAAGAACAAAUGCUUGCUAAAGUUUUUAAUGCGUUUGAGACUGUUUGCCAGUUGGCCGCCAUUGUAGAGCUACCCAAAGUUUGCGAAUCUUAUUUGUUGGCUUUAUAUAAAUUUGUUGUUCCUGCACCAAUUAAAGUAGACGACGUUUAUGAGAAUGAAGAAACCUGCUCUUUUACACCGCCUAAUGAGACACCCAUUCUUACUCAGAAGAAUAAAUUAGCCGCUCAUGUUUUUUUAAACAUUGUGGAAGUAACAUAUAAAGUUCUUGACACCUCGUGGCUUGCCGUUCUGCUGCGAUUGCAAGUUAUUGACUAUGUUAUUACUAAAAGCUAUAAACUUCUUCCCUUGUCCGGAGCCGAUGAACCAACGGAAACCGCAGAACUGAGCGAAUUCAGUUGCACUCAGCGUACUUUGACCCCGCAUGAGCUUUUGGAUCGGAUCCCACGUUUUCUUUCCGCAACGUCAUGCUUUUCUUCCACCUCUUUUGAACGCUUUCUGGAGGUUUUUUUCAAAUUGACCUCCACGUGGGUGUCUUCUACUUUUUCGAACCGGGCCUUUGCCUCUUCACUGUUCUUUACACGUUUGCUCAUUGUCUGUUGUGCGAAUGUCGAAAGAAUAUCGUCUUAUUGGCCAAAAGUAUUAUCCUUUUUACGCGGUUUGUCCAGAAGCGAAACUUCUCUCAUCCGUGUAGGCGCUGUUGAAACACUUUCAAAAUUUGUACACUUCUUACUAAAGUCAAGAGAAUCGCGCAGUUUCGACUGCUCUUCUGAGGUUCUCGAAGAGAAUAUAUUUAGCGGGCUGAGAACGAUAGGAAGCGAAUAUUUAGAUACUCAAGAGAGGCAACUGGAGUGCCUCCAAACGCUUCUUCAGACUUUUGGCCAAUCCCUGUGUGUUGGAUGGCCGUAUAUACUAGAAAUUUGCUGCUCUUUUUCUUUUAACGAUAAAAAUUUUACUGGUGUUAAAGAUGAUAAAGUGAUGGUUAUCCGCAAUAUCAGAGCAGCCUUCGAAAGUUUGCAGUUAACUGUUACGGACUUUCUUUCUGUUCUUCCGAAUGAAUGCUUGUACGCGUGCAUGGAGAGCGUGGGGUUUUUUGGAACCCAAAAGUUGGAUGUCAAUAUCAGCUUAACUGCAGUUGGCUUGCUAUGGAACAUUGCGGACUACUUACACACCGGCAGGGAAGCCAAACUUUCUUCUUUCCCGCUGUCCAACAAUGCAGUAAUUCUCGAAGAAAUAGAAAAUGACGCCCAUCACGUGGCAAUCCGACUCGGAUCCUCCAUGAAAAACUCUUAUGAUUCGCUUUGGAUCACGUUGUUUUCCCAACUCGCUAAACUUUGUGUUGACCAAAGACCAGAAGUGCGAAAAAGCAGCAACCAGACAUUAUUUGAAACUUUAAGAAGCCACGGAAUUCAUUUUAGUACGGAUGUUUGGCUAAUUAUAUUUUGGGAAGUUUUAUUUCCCUUAUUUGUUAAUGUUCAGGAUUCUUCUGAAGACGCCGCAGGAAUGGAGCAGCCUCCCGCUGUUAAUUUGUUAUUUCGUCCUCAGCAAAGUACUAUAAUCGAGCAGUGGGACGAAACGAAAAUUGAUAUUAUUAAAGGAACGACCAGCUUGUUUGAAGCUCACACCGCCGUGAUAUAUGCGCUUCCUUCCUUCCAUGUUAAGUGGCGCGCGCUUUUGCACUACAUGAAAAGCUUUGCGCUACUUCCCAGCAAAGCGGUUUCUCACCGGGCCAUGAUUGGCUACAUAGAGCUCGUAAAGUCAUUAGACAGUCUUUUUGGGAAAAGUACUACACAUGCUGAAGGACAUGGACAACCCCCCGUGGCCGCCCGGAAGACGCUGUGGAAUUCUGCUUGGCAGACUUGGGCCUGCAUUUUUGCUAUGCAGUCGCUGGAGGCUCAUGUUCCUCUUGCAAAUGUCUUCCCUUUGAUUUAUAAGAACAUUCGUUCCGAGUUUGCACGUCCGGAACUUUGCGUUUUUUUUAAAGUUUGCCGGGAAGUUGUUUUGAUGGACAUUCAUUUUUGGUGGCCCACGUAUUCUAAUAAGCAUUAUAGUAGAGAUUGGCCUUCUUUAAGGACCUCGUCUUUCCAAUCUUCCGUGUUUAAGCUUCUGUGUUUGGUGGUUUCUCCAGUGUGCGACAGUGAUUGGCCCUUUAUCUUUUCAGAGUGGCUCUACUACCUAUCAUUGGGCUACCAAGAAAGUGUGAAUAGAGCUGUUUUUGGUAACAAUUUCUGCCAGAAUAAUACCGAUGCUACUAAGAAAUCUACUGAUAACGGACUAUGUAACGAUGACCUCAGUGAUAAUAGUGAGGGCGAUAAUAGAAGUAUUACCAACAACCAUAAUAGUACUGCUCAUAAGCUUCUUAGUAAACACGCUAAACAUGACAUGAAGACACCUAAUAAGAAAAAGAAGGAAAAUAACAACAACGGAGGCCGCCAGGAGAAAACUGCUAAAGUUCUAAAUAGAUCUCCCAGCGAAAUAGUGCAAGAGCCUUCAACUUUUCUAGUUUACUACUGUUCCACCUUUCAAGGCAGCAUUUUGGAACUUUUUCAGACAUAUUACGAAGAGUUCUAUAACAACAAACAUGUGGUCCGCGAAAAAGUUUUACUUCAGUUCAUUCAGACUUCUCGUUAUAUUUUACAAACGAAAUAUAAAUUUUUCAAGUGCUUGUUAUGGAGAAAAGCCGUCGAGACACUGCUGUUCGUUGCAAAUCUCGGUUUCCUGCAUAUUCAGGAUCACACGCAAGGAAACAAAUUGUUAUCUCAAACUUGGACGGCUUUGCAAAUUUCGCUCGAGUUAUUUUUUUUUCACUUCAAGCCUACUUAUAAAGUUGACUAUAAAUCUCUUGAAGAGGAUGAACAACUGGAUAUACUUUUAAUAAAGUGUUUAAUAAAAAAUGCAUUUGAAUUAUUACCUCAUCUCAGUGAUAAAAGCCUUCUUGCUUUCGAAAAACUUCUAAGAAAAGCGUCCACGCUUGAUUUACGCCCUGCGAACCAACGCACCAAUAAGAUGCCCGGCUAUGUGAGGGAGAAGUUUCGUGAAGAGUCUUUCAAUUACUUCUUGUCGCUGGCCUUCCCGCCAGGUGUGGAUGACGCCCAUUCAGUUUUCACUGCAGACCUUAUAGAUUUCUGUUCGAAGACAUUAAUAGGGUAUGCCAAAGAUUCUCACUUUCGCGGCCUGCUUCCUCUUGAUUGGCCUCGAGUACUUGAAGUUGAAACUACACUGAGAGCGCUCGACACGAUAAUUGGUCUUUUCAUGGAAGCAGAAAAAGAGACCUUAAAAAAAAAAAUUAUAUUGAUCUCUAAACUCUACGAACCAUUGGUUAACUGUAUUGGCUGUAAUAGUAAUAAUAAAGGCAUCCAUCUCUCUUUGCAGCGUCUCCUUUUGAAAUAUGGAAAAAUUUUUUUUAACUGCUGCGAGGGAGAAUGA